CUAUCAUUAGUUGCACUUACUGGUUACAGCUAAUUGGUAUCGGCUGUAGAAAUGCAGAAAUACUUAACGACCGCGAUCAUCUGCCUGAUUAUAUUCUUCUCCAAUGUCGAUGGUGCCGCACAACCUUUAAAAAGAAGUUGUGCUGAUUUCUCAGCGAAAGGAACACCAGUCGUACGAAGAGUCAUUUAUGAUGGCAAUGAUCAACCCUACAACGUCUUAUGCGUAUAUCAAGGAGUUGAUGUCUAUACUAUGAUUGAGUCUUUUAAUAAGACCAAUUCAUUAGAUGCCAAUAUAGCCGCCAGUUUUUCUGUUGAUAAUCCCGUUAAUCAAGAUGUUGCCGAUAAUAAGGCAUUCCCUAUCGACUUAUAUCGAUUAUCUAAAGACCGUAUGAAAUAUUUAGCAGAUCGAUCAACAUUUAUUUGGUCUUCUUGUGAUGUUAUAACAAAUCCAAACAACACCUUUAAUCCUCUAUCAGUAGGUACUGAUUAUAUUAUCAGUUCUCUCAAUGCUGAUAGUCGAAAGCUACUCUUUGAUACAGCAUUUGUUCAUAAUGGUAUUAAUAAUUGCAUGACUGUUCGUGGUAUGCUAUUUGGAGAAUACUUUGACGAUAAAUCAAUACCAUUUUACAGCAAAUCAAAUGUCCAUUUCCAUUCUAGCAUCGACGAAUCGACAGAUUUGUGCGGCAAGCAUAACUUCAAUUUCAUCACUAAUCCAGUUGAUUCGGCACAGUGUGGUGUUCGAGAUUAUCCACCUAAUGCACCUGCAUCAGUCAAUGUCUUUGGUUCCUAUAACAAAUGCACAUCGCAAUUUGCUUGCGCUAAAAAUGAUAAUUCUAUUACCACAUGGUGGCUUGGUGCACCUAUGCCUGGAACCAGCUAA